CACAAGUAUUUAACUACCUCUCGCUGCUUCACUUGGAAAAAAAAGAUGAAGCUGGGAUUGUUCGAAAUUGCAGUUGCUGCCUUUCAAAUACUUUUUGUAAGGUGUGGUUAUUAUACUCAGGAUGAUGAACUACCUGAUGGAGGUGUAACAAAGUAUUUGAAAAGAGAAACUAAAAUAAGCUGUGUGUUAAAAUGCGAAAGAGAUGAGGAUUGUGACAACAUCAUGUUCAAGUUGCAAAAUAAAGAGAUGAUGAAUGGAGAGUGUUGGUUUGUAAAAAAGAAUCCAACUGAUACAGCUGAAGACAUACAGGAAUUGAAAAAGGACAAGGCAAUUGAAGGCUAUAAGACACUACCCACAAAAGCUCUUACAGAUACGACAAAAGGUGAUUGGUUUUUAAUGAAACGCAAUGUCUGCUUUGGAGCACGUGCAAACGAGUUUGGAAAAUUUACAAUACAAAAUGAUGCAGUAAUGACUGCCAUAAAAUUGGUGCAUGUUGGUGGACCUGGUUUAAUGUGCGAAGUAAACACACCGCCAACAAAGUGGGGAUGUGAUUACGUGCACCCUUAUGUUGUGGAAAAUGUUGCGGCUGUCAUAACAGAUGAUCAAAACAACCUACUCUACCCAUCUAUGGAUGAUUAUGCCGAUAGUGGAUUCUUUACUGUACCAGGAUACAACGCCAACUCUCCCUACCUCAUCUUCAAUGCAACAAAUCACACUGUUUACAAAGGACAGGAGCUUAGAUUGCAUUAUGGUGAAGCUUGGAAUGAAGGAUACCUCUCUAGUAACAGUGGUAAAUCAUGUGCAGAUAUUUAUGCGAAAUAAUUUUUUUGUGAAUGAUGCAAUUUCCUUCAGUCUGAAUUAAAUAGAGGAAUAACGUUCUUGUUUGAUGGAAACUAUUAUUUAAAUGCAAUGAUUUUUUUCUUAAACUUUAAAUGAAGGAAAACUGUGUUAUUUAAAGACCGUUCACGAUAAGCCUUUUAUUAUAAAUUUCUAUGUAGAUACGCAAGAGAUUGAAAGAAGUGAGUUAGUAGAAAAAUAUCAUUUUAAAAACCUAGUAUUUUAGUUACAAUCUUAUUAUUACAAAACUAUUACUAAUAAAAAUUAGUAACAACAGCUGCCAAUGUCUCAGAAUUAUUUAACCGAACUUUUACCGAUGCUCAUCCGAGUCUGAAUGUCUCAUGUUAAUUUCGACGUUAUAUUAAACCGUGCAGUAAAAGAAGCAGGGAAGUUUUCUUCGGUCUCAGUAGUAGUUAUUUGUUAUUUUAUAUUUUAUAUUUGUGUUUUUUUUUUAAUUAUUUGGUAGCACAUAUUUCUACUUGAUAUAAAAUGUAUAAUAGUUGCACGAGGUUAAAAAAUAUAUUCCUAAAAAUUCAGCAGUUUCUUUUUACGUGACGUUAGAAAUACUUUAUUUAACUUUCAAACUCAUUUGCGGAGUAUUCGAACCAAAGGCACU